UGUCACUGUUUGCAAAUUUGAGCUGUGUAAGCUGCGCGAUCGAUAACUUAUAUUGGAAGAUAUUCGGAGUUUGUGAGGUCAGAGACAUUGAUGGGCUCUUAGGUUCAACACUGAAAUACUUUGAGUAUCCUUAAAAAGUGCAAAAAUGGAAACAGCUGGUGCUUAUGGCGGUGGAAAGGCCGGAGGAGCCUUUGACCCACAGGCUUUUAUACAACGGCCUCCUGUAAUAGUCAGGGCUGUUUGCUGGCUGUUCAGCGUGAUCGUAAUGGGCUGCAUAUCAGCAAAGGGUUGGUACGUCAGCAAGACCGAUGGCAAUGAAUACUGCGUUUACAACAAUGAUACCAAUGCCUGCAACUAUGGUGUCGGAAUAUCUGUGAUCGCUUUCGUAGCAUCCAUUGCUUUCAUUGCCGGGGAAUAUCUCUUCGAGCAGAUGUCUUCUGUUAAGACAAGGAAGCAUUACGUGUUAGCUGAUAUGGGUUUCUCUGCAUUCUGGGCGUUCCUGUACUUCGUCGGUUUCUGCUACCUGUCGAACGCUUGGGGUAAGACCGAGACCCCACCGUUGGGCACCGCUAACAACAUGCAGGGCGCCAUCGCCUUCUGUUUCUUCUCUAUAUUUGCUUGGGUGGCGUGCGCGUUCUUUGCGUUCCAGCGGUUCCGCAUGGGCGCGGACGCGGCGUUCGCUCCCGCCUACGAGGUGGAGGGCGCGGGCAGCCCGGGCGCCUUCCCCGCCUACCCCGGCGCGCCCGACCCGCAGCCCGCCUACAGCGACCCGCCCUUCUCGCAGCCGCACACCGGCAACGUGGACUACACUGCCCCAACUUACUAAGCUGGCUCGUCGGUGAAACCCGCUCAUCUUCCACGGUCACGUUAAUGAAACGAGUAAGUUAUAAUUAAUACAUUUGUAUCCAAAAAAUGUAAAAAAAAGUUUUACUUAUCACAGAAAUUUUAUUAAAAUAUUUAUUUUUCAUGUGUCAGCAAUCAAAUAAUACUACUUAAAUAAGUAAUUUAAACAUUAUUAUUGUUUAAUCUAGUCAUUAAUACGUAAUAGUCUAAAAUCAGACCGAAAAAAAAGAUGAUAUAAGAAUCUUUUUAAAUUUAAAAUGCGAAUGUGGAUAAAAUCUCAUUAAUCUCAUUUACACCACAAAGAACGACGAGAGAUUAAUAAAUGUGUUAAUUAUAGCUUAAAUACUUUUGUUGUCUAUUUUGUUACUUAUAAUUUUAUCUUUAGUGUUAAGACUUAUUCAGAGUAUUUUUAUUUUAUCGUGAUAUAUUCAUGUUAAGUUACUCCCAUUUUAAUAUUUUACAUAUUUUAAUACCAUUGUCAAAAACUCGAAUAAUGGAUUUUUUUUUUAUUUAACGAGUUGUUAAUGGUCGGUUUUUUCAAUGAUGUUACAGAUUAUACAAAAUUCUGUAUCUGUCUUAAAUAUUAAUUAAUUUAUUUUGUUAAAUUAUGUAGCUAUAUUGCUUGACAGUACCUGCUUCUAGGUAUAUAUAUUUGACAAUAUAUCCCAUUACUGUAAAAUAAUAACCUCUAUAUGUAAAUAACAUGAGAAUACAUAAAAACGAAUACAUAUAUUGUUUGUGUGAUUUAUGGUUAUUGUGA